UGACACAUAUAUAAUGCCAGGUGGAUUAUCUUGGCCACGGUACAUCAUGUUCUGUACAACGGCAUUGGUUACGAUGCUAGCUGGUGCGCAGUGUGUUCAUGAAAUCUACAGACCGUUGAACGAUCUCGAGGAUCUUGUUGAACGAAGGUUAAAAGAGAGACGGAAGGAGCUAGAGAAGACAUAACAUAGAAGAAGACUGUAUUCUAGUGUAUAAUAAAUCACAUUGUUCUUAUGAAUAUGGAGGGAUUAAAGCUGA